AACGGCUUACAUUAAUAUCUUUGAGACUAAACGUCUUCUCUUCUCUCCCACCCACUUGCCACAUUUCUGAACAAAAAUCGAACCGAAUCCGAGUCAUCGUAGAAAUGGAGCGGUUCAAGGAUCCAACCGGAGACGAAGAUCAGGUCCUGGAGGAGGAGGAAGAUGGAGGGACGCCAGAGCCUUUCGGAGGAGCUAAAGUCAGGAGGAAAGCUUCUCGUUACAGAGAGCGCCGCGGCGACUAUCUCCACGUCUCCACUCGUCCCGGAUUGAUGAAGAUUCUCGAGAAACAAGGUCAGCUUCCUCCGAUCUCAUUCAUUGGUCUCGAAUUUGAUCGAUCGAUUGAUGAAUUUUGUAGGGGACACGUCGAUUCGAUUCGCUGAUAAGGUAUUGAAGUUCACUGGGUCGGGGAAGAUGAAGAGGCGUAUCUUUAUCCUAACGGAUUUUGCCAUCUAUCUCAUUGAUCCUGAGACGGAAGGUAUGACGAGGAGGAUAGGUUUGGCAGCUGUGGAGAAAGUGUGUUUGAGCAAGUUGAGUGAUAACUUCUUUGCUGUUAUUAUCCCUACGGAGUACGAUCUCUUCAUGGCCAGUACUCGGAAGACUGAGCUUGUUCAGGUCAUGGUUGAUGUCACUAAGACUGCUUCUGACUAUGAUCUUGAAGUGCUUCUCUCCAACAGGUUUGAGUACAAUGCUUCUGCUUCAUUGGUAAAGGAAGUUUCUUUUGAGGAAUCUGAAGAGGGUAUUAAGACCAGAUUUAAGUGGAAGUGACUUCAGUUCCACUUAUUUCUCUGUUCAUAAUCUUUGAAGGGAGCACUAGGAAGAUCGGUCUCCAAUGUGAAUGGAUUCUUUUCCUUUUGGCUACUAAAAGCUGGGUAUGGUGUUCAUUUUAUUCUGUUUUCAUCUUGUUUUCUGCUCUUCCUUAGAUAAGAACAAAAGACAAUAACAACAUUCAUGUAUGAACUGAGUUCCAUUCUGGUCUUGCUAGUAAGUAACAGAUCAAGAAUAUCAUUCACUAAUCUUUUUUUUUAAAUUAAGCUAGGCAACUUUAUGCCUUUUCAUAGACUGAACUGAAAUAUUGUAACCCUAUUGUGAAUGGUCAAACAUGUAAAAGGAAAGAUAAAUCGUCUUUCUUACAGUAUAUAUGGCGACCCUGAUAGACUUCCUAUUGGAGUUGAGCCUGUGGAAACCUCUGAUCUAUUUCCGCUUACUAACUUCUCCGGUCUCAUCUCUUCCACCAUUCUCACUACCUCAUUCAUGUUUGGUCUCUUUUCUGGUAACUUCGCCGUGCAAACCAUACCAAUCUGAAGCAUCUCCACCAUCUCUUCCUCUACUUGAGUACACCUCAUAAGCUCUUCAUCAAACACCUCUCCUGUCCAUUCCUCUCUAACCACCGAGUUCACCCACCUCACCAGCCAAAUGCAUGCCGGGGUAGUGAAUGCAUCAGCGUGGACAUUCCUGCUCCUGAGAUGCAGCCAUUUCCUUUUGCGUUGAGGAAAACAUUUGAGGAUUUGAUGUUCCCAUGGACUAGUUUGCCUCCGCUUUGUGAGUGGAUAUGAGCUACUCCUUUUGCUGCUCCAUACACGGUAUUCAAUCUAGUUUCCCAAUCUAGAGGUUUUCGAUUCCUGAGACAUCUCUGACCUGAAUGGGGUAACAUAUAUAGACUAACUUAGUUUUGUAUAAAAGUAAUGAACUGUUCUAACUAUGCAUUACUAAGUUCAAUGGUGGCAGUGUCAACAUACCGUGUAGUAAACUUGAUAGACUUCCAUGUUCGUAGUAAUCAUAAACCACUAACUUCUCAUCCUUGGAGUAGUAAUAUCCUCUUAAAGUGGCAACAUUCUCAUGCUUGAUGUU